CACACCCCUGCGGGAUCCGCGGGCCUCCUAGCCCUUGGGCUGGCCUGUCGCCCGCGGCGGGUCUGAGCGCGGCCUUCCCAGCCGCGACCCUCGAAAUAAAACAUUCCCUUUUUCCUUCCUGGAGAAAAUCAUGAUCCUGAAUUCCUUUAAUGUGCCUAUGUAUGUUCUACUGUAACGCCUAUCUACAAGCAAAAUUGGACGCUGACAGCCGCAGUGGUGAGGUCUGGUGUGGUGGUCAGGAUGGCGGAGGAGCAGGAGUUCACCCAGCUGUGCAAGUUUCCUGUGCAGCCCUCACACCCGCAUUGUGUCAACAACACCUACCGGAGUGCACAGCACUCGCAGGCCUUGCUCCGGGGGCUGCUGGCUCUCCGGGACAGUGGCAUCCUCUUUGAUGUUGUCCUGGUGGUGGAGGGGAGACACAUUGAGGCCCAUCGAAUCCUGCUGGCUGCGUCCUGUGAUUACUUCAGAGGAAUGUUUGCUGGGGGAUUGAAGGAGAUGGAGCAGGAAGAGGUCCUGAUCCACGGCGUGUCCUACAAUGCCAUGUGCCAAAUCCUGCAUUUCAUUUAUACCUCUGAGUUGGAGCUCAGCCUGAGCAACGUCCAGGAGACGCUGGUUGCCGCCUGCCAGCUGCAGAUCCCAGAAAUCAUCCAUUUCUGCUGUGAUUUCCUCAUGUCCUGGGUGGACGAAGAGAACAUCCUUGAUGUCUACCGGCUGGCGGAGCUGUUUGACUUGAGCCGUCUGACCGAGCAGCUGGACACCUACAUCCUCAAAAACUUUGUGGCCUUCUCGCGGACUGACAAGUACCGCCAGCUUCCCCUGGAGAAGGUCUACUCCCUCCUCAGCAGCAACCGCCUGGAGGUCUCCUGCGAGACCGAGGUGUAUGAGGGCGCCCUGCUCUACCAUUACACCCUGGAGCAGGUGCAGGCCGACCAGAUCUCACUGCACGAGCCCCCCAAGCUCCUGGAGACAGUGCGUUUUCCCCUGAUGGAAGCUGAGGUCCUCCAGCGGCUGCACGAUAAGCUGGACCCCAGUCCGCUGAGGGACACGGUGGCCAGCGCCCUCAUGUACCACCGCAAUGAGAGCCUGCAGCCCAGCUUGCAGGGCCCUCACACAGAGCUGCGGUCGGACUUCCAGUGCGUCGUGGGCUUUGGGGGCAUUCACUCCACGCCGUCCACUGUCCUCAGUGACCAGGCCAAGUACCUGAACCCCCUACUGGGAGAGUGGAAGCACUUCACCGCCUCCCUGGCCCCCCGCAUGUCCAACCAGGGCAUCGCGGUGCUCAACAACUUUGUGUACCUGAUCGGAGGGGACAACAAUGUCCAGGGCUUCCGCGCCGAGUCCCGGUGCUGGAGGUAUGACCCAAGGCACAACCGCUGGUUCCAGAUCCAGUCCCUGCAGCAGGAGCACGCGGACCUAUGUGUGUGUGUUGUGGGCAGGUACAUCUAUGCGGUGGCGGGGCGCGACUACCAUAAUGAUCUGAAUGCUGUGGAGUGUUACGAUCCCACCACCAAUUCCUGGGCUUACGUGGCUCCGCUCAAGAGGGAGGUAAGGAAACCUCGCCAAGAGGGGCCUUUUCCUGCCCACUUUCCUUCCAGGGUGUGCAGAGAGAGUGGAUGGCCAAGCCAGGGAAGCAGGCCUAGUGGGUACCUCCAAAGAUGCUGCACUGUGAUUGGGACAGGGGACCCCUGAGGUUCGGCCAGCCCC